UUUCCUUAUAUAGAGCUGAUGACGUCACGUGUGAUUGCGUGGCUGAAAAAAUCAAGAUGGCGGACGAAGGAAGUGUAAUUCCAAGCGAAGGGAGCAGAAACGACAACUCUAACAACGAUACUCAAAAUGACUCGAAACUGACCCAACUGAGUGUCGAGAAAAUGAAUGAGCAAAUACAGACGUGUGUGCAAGCGAUAUUUGCAAGGGAAUCUAGCUCUAGCCAUCCAGAAUUGAGCAAAGUCUUGACUGAAGUUAUCGACUUGGUGAGCCAUGACCGAACUACAAGGCAGUAUUAUUACCAGAUGGAUCAGUAUACCCACGCUAGCGUCACCUCUUGUGCUCUGGCUGCAUACCUCUCCCUUUUAGAGGAACAGCAAGUCAAACGCCUCUCAGCAUGUAUACGAUCCGACUGCUCACACUGGCUUGCUAAAAUGUUUGGGUAUGACAAUGGCUCAGCAAGUUUCCAUGACAGCAGAUGGGAGGGCCUUACAAAAGUCUGCCGGUUAGCACUUCUUGUAAAAUACCCCAAGUACGGGACAGAAGGAUUUACUGCGCUGUAUACCCGACCGCCAGUGAUAUACAUCAGCACAGCGGCAGCGCAUGGUCUGGGGCCUUACCUCUGCAGUCAGCUUGGGUUACCUCAGUCCAGCAUAUGCAAAGUCCCAUGUAAUACUGUUUUUGGAUCAAGACAUACAACAGAUGUUGCUGCCUUUGAGCGUCUUUUCCAUGACGAUGUGUCCUGUGGCAAGACACCUCUGAUGUUAAUAGCAUAUGCAGGCACACCACUUGCUGGUCAUACUGAUAAUCUUGGCAGACUUCGUGAGCUGUGUACUCAGAAUGGCUUAUGGCUGCAUGCAGAGGGGGAUACACUGGCUGCGCUGGCGCUACAAACAGUCCCACCAUCUCUCAAGAUGGCCACCUCCUGUGACAGCAUGACUCUUAAUCUCUCCAAGUGGCUAGGCUUACCUGGAGUGCCUUACACUACAUUUUUUCGUGCGAAAGAUCCUGUUCUGGCUGAGGCCUCUGGGCUGACCCAACCUCUAUGUCCUGAGCAUCUUUCUGUGUUACCGCUAUGGAUUAGUGUACAGAAUAUUGGUGUUGAUAAAAUGCGACAGAUGAUCAUGGAUUCUGCACAGCUUUCACAGCAAUUAAGCUUGAGUUUAGAUAGUCUUCCAAGCAUUAAAAGAAUGGCACAGCCGCACUGCACAUCUCUAGCAGUAGUGUUCCAUUACCGUGCAUCACCCUCAUCCUCACACAGUCAGUCAUCUGGGAGCCCUGAGGGGAGUGGCGAUGAUGACGACCAAGAUGAUGUGGACUUGUCAACAAACUCAUCAGACAGUGGAGAAGUACCACCACAUGUUCAAGAUGCCAUGAAUAGAAGAUUGGCGGAGCAGCUAGCUGUGGCAGAGCCGUCAGUGGCAAUUGAAGUCAUAGAUAUUCCUAAAGAAGGCCAAUGUCUUCGCUUCAGUCCUCUCUCUACCGCUAGAGUUAUGGGGACAACGUCAGAUCAUAUUGACAACUUUGUGGCUUGUCUGAAGGAACAAGUGGUUUUUAUGGAUAACAUAUUGUUGGCUCAGUUAGCUGUCAGAUCUUCAUUGGAAGGAAAAGAACACGUUGUCAUUACUGAGGCAGAUGGACCAUCAACUGUGGCGUCUCUUAUGUGCUUCCCUCAGUAUUGGCAGGAGAAGAAUGUAGAGAAACUCACAGGAGCAAAGAAGAUGGAACUGCAAAAUCUAAACAAGGAAAUCCUUGCAAAGGUGAUGGAGACACACCCAGAGGUGUUCACGGAGGGUGUUACGCAAACUGGGCUAAUAUGCAUCAACUUUAACAAGGUGGGAUCCACGUCAGAAGUGAGUGAACUUGUUGGAUUUCUGUGUACAACAGCAGAAGAACUUUCUGAUUCAAGCAAGUUCCUGGAACAGAUGACAGAAAUGGUACAGAAGGGGAUCGAGGCUGCUCAAAAAGACCUUGUCAAGGAAAGUGAAAACCGACUUAUAGAAGAGGGCGUACUGCGGCAAGUUCCAAUUGUUUCAUCACUCGUUAAUUGGUGGUCUCCACCUCCCAAGGACAGCAUCCAAGGAAGGACCUUCAACUUAUCAUCAGGUCACCUUGAUACAACAGAGAAGACCUACAAAUAUCGCAUGCAAGUGCAAGAUGAAGAUGCCGAUGGCUCAUUCACUGCUUCAACCCCUAAUUCCAAAAAUCCACCAAACAACAGCCCCCCAAAGACCACAUCAACGCCAACAGAUGCAAACAGUUAGGGAUGCAUGUGUAAUUAGGACACUGCCCAGGGAUGUCAUUACUCUGAUGACAGUAGAUUUCUGAUGACAAUAGAUUCCCAUCAAUCACACCUGGGGUAAUAGGCAGGUGACAGCUGGUAGGGAGUAGAGGAACUCUUGCCUUACACACACCCAGCUAUUACAGACAUCGUACGGACUAAGGGGACAAAAAUGCAGAAAAUAAUAGAAUCAAUCGGAGGAUUUGAAAGGCUCACAGGGAAAUGUCUCCAGUUUGAAGGGGUUCAACAAUACUUCAUGAAGUUUCUCUUCCAAACCAUUACAUAAAACCCCAAGGUCCAUGUUGUAUUAAGGACGUAGUAAGGACUGUGAACUCGCUUACCUUUGUCAGCUAUUUAAAAGUUUUUCAUUACUUUCGUUUGUUUGUGGUUUCUUCAUUGAAACAUGUUUGGUUUUUGCACCAAGCCUGGAAUUUGUUUUCUCUGUUGUAACAUUUGGACCAUGUUAUCAUUCCAUAAACAACAGCAUAAUUGAAAGCCCUGAUAGUAGCUGGUGGGAACAAUAAUUUUUAAUUUUCAGUUUCCAUAAACUUUCCACAUAAAACUCAAUACAAGAUAAUGUUUCAAGAGGAGAAUGUGCAACAAGUCAAACAAAAACGUGUCUUGCAGUUCCUGAAUUAUGGCCACAAUAGACAGCAACUUAACAUGGAAUUAUGUUAUAAACAGUUGUUGAUAACAUAGGUAGGUAUUUUUGGUAUUGUUCUGCCAUAAGAUUAAUAUUUACUCAAUUAUUUAGACUAUUUCGUAUGGUCUUUUAAACAAUUUGAUAUUAUUGGUGGGUAACUAUAUUAGCACCUAAUUCCAAACUUGAGCCUGUAAAGCUAGUGCAAGGUACUGGCAGGGAAAAAAAGACUUGGGGAAUAAGGCAAGUGAAAAACGUUUUAAUUCUUUGCAUGCAGCCAGCCAAGCUCCUUUGCCCUUGCUAUGCCAGUCUCUUGUGCAGUUGUUCUCAGUGUCAGUAUAAAAUCCCUCCCUUUAGACGGCACGAUUUAGUUGAAUACGAGUUGCUUGAGGUACCUCUACAUUUCAAGUUGUAGGGUGUAAAUCAGUCUAUGACACUGCUGCGAUGCUUGACUAUGAAUGCCGUAGUGUGUAAUUCAUGGAUAAGACGUCGUAGCCAGGUCGCAUACGACUCAAUUAUGCUGUCUAAAUGAGCCUUUAGACUAACACUUAGGAUGGCUUGGCAGCAGGAUAUUGUACACAGGCUUGGGAAUCAUUUGGCCAGAGCUAAUCAAUGGGUAGGGGUGGGUAUUUUGGUCAUUCGUUUUAUCCAGACAUGUCUAAAAAAGAAAAGCAGUAAAGAAUUUUCUUUUACCUGAAUAGUGCAAAAAAGGGACAUUGAAUAUGUUGCAAACUCAGGGUUGGUCCAAGUUGUAUAUGUCUGCAACAAUUUAAAUAAAGAUAAAGGAAAUGUAA